AUGGACGCCUACCCGCAAGACUACGUCAACCAUAAUCUCCCUUUAGUCCUGCUCUCGGGGCUAGAGGCAGAUGCUGAAGAUGGCUCAAACCCGACGGUGGACUACCCACUCCUAGCAGAGAAGGGUCCCAAGAUCUUCUCCGACUUCCCACCGCUGAGCGGGUCUGUCGCGGAGGAGCUGCGGAGAGUGCUGCUAGAGGAGGAUGGCUCUCAGAUGCCCUGGAAAGCGGGCCUCGCCUCAAGUGGAAAUCCAUCAUCACCGCAUAUAACAUAUCGUGUUAGGAGUUCUGGUCGGUCUUACCAACUUCCUCCGCGCAAAGCCAACCCUCCUAAGACCUCUGCUCCCACAAGCCCUACGAUUGACUCGGACGGAACUCCCUCCGGUUCAACAACGCCAUAUGUUCUCCACUCGCCCAUCUCUCCAUUAUCCCCGGGCUCCCCCACCUUCCCAGAUGGCCUCCUCACGCCGUGGUGGGUGACCAAGCACCAAGAGCUAGUUCCCGCAGCGGUCAUCAAUUUCUUUCCAUUCUCGCUAGAUCCUAAUAUGAACUCGCUACGCGACAAUCAGCUGAAGAUUGAGAUCAACAGCUUGAAAAAGGAAUGGGCAUCCUCCGGGUUCAAGACGCGUUUCCUCGUUGUUCUGAUCUCGGAAGACGGCGAUGGGGGCUAUGAGGGGGAAAUUGAUGACCGUGUGGCUGGUAUUCGACGGGCGACGAACUUGGACCAGAAGUCGAUUUUUGUCAUUCCGCCGGACGCGACUCCGUCAGAACUCAAGGAUUUCGUCAAGUCCUUGUUUUCUCUACUGCAACCAUCGGUUGUAGAGUACUACCGGGACUUGUCGAAGCAUGCUCGUCGCAAGCGCAAUCGCAGCAGUAUUCCUCCUCCAACAGCACCACCGACGACCGGUACCUCCCAGACACUAUCAUUACAAGGGUGGAACGUGCGGUAUGAAUUCAAGCUCGGAAUAUUUGCCGAGUUUCGCCAGGAGAUGGAUGCUGCUUGCCGAAACUAUGAGAGUGCAUACGAGACCCUGUUUGGACAGGAGGUCUUUGAGAACAUUGCAGGGUGGGAUCCUCGGUUCAACGAUGCGCGACUUUUGGGUGACGCACUCGCGAUUCGGAUCAUUCGCUGUUUGAUGUGGACAGGCCAGACCACCUCUGCGACCCGAUUCUGGGUUGACCAUAGAAUCCGCACAAAAGACAUUGUCAAUCGUCGGGGCAAGGGUAGUAAGAACUACGGCUGGGAGGCUUGGGAGGCACGGUGGUCUUCGGUCAUGGCUCAGCUCAUCCGCCGCGCGGAAAUAUCUCUGCCAUCACCCGAAGCCUCGGGCGACCAAUCGAUGGCGAUGUCUUCAAUCUUCCACCCUCCCGAGAAGUCUAUUCCUACCGGCGAACGGGUCAACCCGUGGGAGCAUCUACACCAUGAAGGAUAUUGGCUUUAUCGGUCAGCCAAGCACACCAUGGUCCGACGAGAAUUUGCUCUACAGAUCCCCAAUGAAGACCGCAUGUCGCCUGGACAAUCCCCUGCAUCUCAGAUCGCCAACAAAUCCUACUUGUACGAUACCUACCUCGCGCCUGAGACACAUAUUGAAGCUCCACAAUCGGGCGAGGGAGGCUUUAACCACUCAGAAUUGAUCUUGAGCUCAUUGAAGGCUGCUCUUGCUGAAUUCUCCAAGCGCCAACAGACGCGGCAAGUUGAAAGACUCAGUCUUGAGAUUGCUGAAGAGUACAUGCGUAUUGGCUCGUGGUCCGAGGCAUAUAGCAUUCUUGAGCCACUAUGGUCGACGCUCAGUUGGCGCAAAUCAGGCUGGUGGUUCCUAAUGGAAAACUUUGGACGGGUAUUGAGGGAGAGUGCUGUUCGUAAGCAAGAGAGUGAGACUGUUCUGCGAGUCGACUGGGAGCUGCUCAACAAGGUGUUCCCAUCUAGACCUGCAUGGCACUAUGAUAUCCACAAGAGCCUUGAAAAUCUCCCUGCCGAGAAGCCCAAACCAUGCGUGGUUCUUCGCGCAGAGGAUGUCAUGACAAGUCUAACUGCAUCAAUCGUGUUUGAAAAAUCCGAGGGUAACGUCGGUGAACCACUGCAAGCUCAACUUAUCAUCUCGUCUUGCGCGCAAAAGGCAUCGGCGCCUAUCCGGCUAUCGGAGGUGAAGCUCGUUUUCGAGGGUUGUCUUCGACCUGUGAAGCUGCAAUCUGACCAAAAUGAAGACGCUGAUACUUCAUCACCCUGCUGUAUCUCUUCGUUAUCACUUCGCGAAGCGAGCUCCGCCGGUGAUAUUCAAUCCCCCACGGGUGUGUUGGCUACCCUAGUUGGGGUGGCAGACCUGACAAUCGGACCAUCGCAAACCAAAGUCUACAACCUCACUUGCAUCCCCCGCGAAGCCGGAGAGGCCCAGGUUGCCUCCAUAACGAUGUCGGUUGACGAAGAAAAGUUCAACUUGGCUUAUGUGAUAACCGACCAUGGCUUGCGAGAUGCCUACUGGUGGCAAGAAACCAAGAAAGGCCUGUCACGACGACGCGUUGGUAAAGAUCGGGACACAGGCAAGUGCAAGAUCAUGCCGAAGCCGCCAAAGAUCCGUAUUUCCACUCCGAACCUAAGGGAGACUUACUAUACCAAUGAGCGGGUGGCUUUGAAAAUCGGUAUUCAUAACGAAGAGGAUGAAGGUGCCGAUGUCUCGGCAGAGAUCAGACUAUUCGGCAGCCCUGAAUCCACAGCCAAGUUACAAUGGCUUGAUGGCAGCUCGAAUCCACCAAGUUCGGGGACCAGUUCACCAACUGAGGGUCCCUCACAUUUCCUGAAACAGACCAUCGGAGUGAUGGAGCGCGCUUCUGACAAAGAGCUUAUCGUUGUCCUUGCCGAUACCCAAGAUGCCGCGAAGUAUUCAUUGGAGAUUUCUGCGGUAUACCACGUCGUUUCCGACGUUCAAACCCCCAUUAUGAAGGUCAUAACCGUGGAUCUCUCGUUCAUUCGGCCGUUCGAAGCCAAUUACGACUUCAAGCCUUCCAUCCACCCCUUCCCUUGGCCGGACUUUUUCUCCGUCAGCGAUGAGCUGAUCCGCGACGAUCCUGUUUCGGCGCCGGGCGGCUUGUCGCAGAGAUGGUGCCUCAACUCAAAGGUGGUCUCCUUCGCCCUGGAACCUCUCAUCAUCGACCAAAUGUCUCUGAAACUCCUCACUCUAACCGGCGGCGCCGUAUCAACAAUCAACCCGGAAGUCCUCGUCAGCCCCGAAACCCCACACAUCAGCCCCGAAGAAUUGCGCGAAUCCAACUUCUUCCUCGACAUUCAGAAAAUCACCCUCGGCGACCGCAGACCCGCCGCACUCAACGUAGCCCUCGAAAUAAUCUGGCGCCGCCUCUCCGACGAGUCCACCGCCCCGUCCGAAUCUGACCCCGAAGUCAACACCACAACCACAAUCCUUGAAAUCCCCCGCUUCGUGGUCCCAAUGGGCGAACCCCGCGUCCUCGCCUCAUCAACCCCCUCCACCUCUUUCCCGGGCUUACUUCACCUGGAGUAUACACUCGAGAACCCAUCAACCCACUUUUUGACCUUCAACCUGAUGAUGGAAGCAAGUGAGCACUUUGCCUUUAGCGGAUCUAAGACCACGGUUGUUCAGUUGGUGCCGUUGUCCAGGCAUACGGUGCGGUAUAAUAUUCUUCCUGCGAAACGCGGGCUUUGGAUCCAGCCGCAGCUUGUUGUUGUGGAUACGUACUUUAAUAAGUCGUUAAGGGUGCUUCCUACUGGGGAGAUGAGGGCGGAUAAGAAGGGGAUUUUGGUGUGGGUUGAUGCGGAUGAUUAG